AAACAAACCGAGGGUGUAGGGAAAAAUUCUCCCCCACAUGUCACCAUCCCAGGUCCUAGAGUCGUAUCCUAAGUAUUCUUAGCCGCGAAAGAGGCCAAGGAGCCGUGGAAGAUCAGCUGAGUGGCAGAGUUUCACGAAUUCUCCGUCGCGGCGAGGACAGGAGCUGGAAAGAUGAUUGGAGACGUCGGCCUGUUCGCUUUCAGCCUGUUUGACACCGGUGGCUUACUUUUUUUGACAGUUUAUGUGGUCAUAACUCUGUCGGACCUUGAGUGCGAUUACCUGAACGCCCAGGAGUGCUGUACGAAGCUGAACAAGUGGGUCACAACCGAAAUGGUCGCUCAGGCCGCUCUCAAUAUCAUGCUCCUACUCGUGAAUGGUCACUGGAUUCUAUUCCUCGUGAACGCUCCUCUUACUGCUUGGUUGCUUUAUCGGGUGUUGAAGGUUCCUGGGGGCAAUUUCGGCGUAUAUGAUCCCACAGAAAUACAUAACCGAGGAUCGCUGAAAGUGCAUAUGCGAGAUUCUGUGAUCCGACUCGCCUACUACUUAACGAUGUUUUUCAUCUACCUCUAUUGCAUGAUACUCAGCCUCCUCACUCGCACAAGUCCGAGAACAGUGGGAGCGGCGGGAGAGUUCUGAAGGGACUCUUCAUCAAACUCUGAAUGGAGUCGGUCUGCAGCCCCGUCUGAAGCUCACGGACUUGAUUCCAUGAGGCGCUGAAAUGUUCAGCACUUGUUGAAAAGAGCCUAAGGCUAUAUGCGCUCAUCGUUACUUGCGCCGGAGCGACGAGCGCUCAAAUUCACCGGAUGUGAAAUGAUUUUCCCUCGAAUCCCAUCGAUCGUAGCUCUUCCAUGUUGUUGAGAAAUUUCACCGGAGCCCACCGCGUCUCAAUCCCAAUCACUCUAAACAUUCCUUGCGCGAGGAUCACUUAGGAACUACAGAAAUCCUCAAUCCGAAGAACGGAAGGCUCCAGUCUUCUAGCGAUAUUUUAAUCCGUUCAGGGCACAAAUGUUUGUGCCAACUCUGUAUAUAUGCCUCCCGACGGACAUCGGGAACUUGAGAAGCAAACGCCGCGAAAAUAAUAAACAUGUCCAAUA